AUGAAGGACAUAGACCGGAUAUCGACUGUAGACAUUGAAGAUUGCGUCUCCAGCAAACGCCUGUAUCAUUCUGAUCAGUAUCAUGUAGUAUCAGAGGAUGAGAAGGAUAGAGUUCAAAAGCAAUUGCUAGGUUGGUAUCAAUCUGAGAAGAGAACCAACAUGCCAUGGAGAAAGGACAAUGAAAAGACAUGGGAUAAGCAGACAUUAGGUCAGAGAGCAUACGAAGUGUGGGUCAGUGAGAUAAUGCUUCAGCAGACACAAGUAGCUACUGUGAUUGACUACUACAAUCGAUGGAUGGCAGCAUUUCCAACGAUCCAGGAUCUAGCCAAUGCGGAUAUCGAAAAAGUGAACACUCUCUGGGCUGGCCUAGGCUAUUACUCUCGAGCCAAAAGAUUAUGGGAAGGUGCUCAGAAGGUAGUGAAUCAACUGGGCGGACUGUUGCCGGAUAAUGCAAAGGAUUUGCAAAGUGAGAUACCUGGUGUUGGGCGUUAUACUGCAGGAGCAGUGGCAUCUAUUGUGUUUGGCGAGACUACACCUGUGGUGGAUGGAAAUGUGAUUCGAGUCAUUGCAAGAUGGAGAGCCAUUCAUGCAGAUCCCAAGAAAGCAAAAUCAGUGGAGCUAUUCUGGGACAUCGCAGCUAGCCUGGUACCUGAAUCGAAUCCAGGCGAUUUCAAUCAGGCCAUGAUGGAGUUGGGCGCCCGUAUCUGUACUCCACAAAACCCUGAUUGCGACAAAUGCCCUAUCAGCAAUGAAUGUAAGGCUCUCAAUCAGUUAAAAUGCGCGAAAGAAUUAUCAAAGAAUGGCUUUUUCGACGAGAAAAAGAAAAAGAGAAAGACAGUAGAUAGUGAGCAUGAUUGCUCUGUUUGCCAAGAGCUACCAGAUGAUUUAGAUGAAGCAGCGUAUGCAGUGACAAGAUACCCAUUGAAGGUGGAUAAGAAGCCACCGCGAGAUGAGGAAUGUGCUGUUACUAUUGUUGAAAGAAUUGUGUCCAAAGAAAGCAAACCACUAUAUCUGAUAUCCAAGCGACCUAAUACUGGUCUGCUAGCAGGUCUUUGGGAGUUUCCUAGUCUGGAGCUGGAUUCGCUGGAUACAGACUACAAGGAGAGAUUGAGCAAAUCAACGCAGUUCUUGAAAACAAAAUAUCAGUUGGAACUAGAUCAGCCCACUAGACAUGAUUUGGGAAGUGUUGUCCACUUAUUUUCGCAUAUCAGAAAAGUAUACCAUAUCGAGUGGAUUCAAUAUCAACAUGAUCAAGAUCUGAUGGAUGUGGAUGAGGCUCAAGUGAAAUGGGUGACAUUGGAAGAACUGAAAGCAUCUCCUAUUCCCACUGGUUUGAAAAAGGCUUUGAAAUUGUUGGAGAAAUUUAAGACUACAACACCCACACCGUUGAAAAAGAAGGUUGUUGUCAAAAAGACCAUGAAGACGGCUGAUAUCAGCUCUUUUUUCAUGAAAAAGGAUUAA